AUGCCUCAGCAAAACUCUUUCGACUUUAGGCACCUUUUCGGCAUGCAUUUUCCGCCAAUACGUCUCACAGAGUCCGUGGAGGUCGCAAUAUCAUCGAACUUGGCGCUUCCUGCAUUGCAAGUUGGGGCAGAACUGCUUAAAAUCAUCAGAUCAAAUCUUGUCACAGUUGUCACAGGUUCAACAGGGUGCGGGAAGACAACAAUCGUACCCCUUCUCCUGUUUCUACAACAUAAAAAUGCGAGACUUCUGAUAGCACUACCCAGGCGCAUCGCGACACAGAUGGCUGCUGAGCGCCUUAGGCAGCUCCUGGGAGACCAGAGACUCGGGCAAACAGUUGGCUACCAUGUGGGCCACGAAGAGGCUUGUAAGUCGAACGAAACUCGUUUAUUGUUUGUCACAGCCGGUAUGCUGCGUAAGUAUGUAUCCGGCGCCCUCCGUCAGCUGCGCAUCAUUGGGCAGUCAUCUUCAGGCUACCGUCUUAAUGAGGAGGUAGCUGAGAGCCAGAAGUUACGGUCAAUUUUCCCAUACGAUUUCGUGCUAGUUGACGAAGUGCAUGAGCGCACAAUGGAUUGUGAUAUGGCUUUGCUGUUGCUCAAAUGCCUGGCGGUGAAGAUGACGACUGCCGCUAUUCGUGCUCGAAUGCAGCUUCCUCUGUUCCGCAUAGUCGUAAUGUCUGCCACCAUCAGCGCGAACGAUUUCUCCACCUUCCUUUCGGGGGAGAGUUUGAACAUUUUCGAAGCUGAACAUUCAGCGUGGAUGGACAGAACAUGCCUGCUCCAAGUGAAGGGGACACUCCAGGCUGCAUCGCAAGGUGGCACGCUUCCAUCAUCCACAAAAGCCGGACUUGACCUAACUACCGCAGAGAUGCAAGGAGAUGAAAUGAGUGAGCGGGAGUGCCUUAUUAGGAGGGCUAGGAGCUUGGUGACUCCCAUGAACGAGCUGGCUCGUUUGUGGAAGACGCGUCGUACAAAGGAUUUGGUGGCUGUUUUCCAGGAGCAGCAUCUUUCGAUGCCGUCAAGGCCUCUUUGCAAGGUACAGCAUUGGAGACAUAUAUCGGGCACAGCGCGCGUGAGAGCAAAUUGUGUUGAAGUGGCCAGGCGAACCAACUUCCCUGUAGAGGAACUCUUUUGGGACGACAUUGUCGAUUUGGCGCGCGCCAGCAUGACCGCAUCAGCUGCCGACCUUCUGGAUAUUGCAAGCCCAACUCUACUGCGCUAUAUGGGCAUAGAUCCUGAGGGUGGAGAAGUAUUACAGAUGGCGGCUCAACAAGGCCCCAUGGAAGAGCAGAAGCCGAGGGCCAGUCUCAACCGGGAAGGCGCUUUCCACUACUUGUCUCCGUGGCACAGCGAUGCUGGGACCGAGUUAAACGAUGACGAUGAAAUGAUUGCAGGGGGAGACAACUUCUGCUCUGAAGAACCAAGACUAAAUUACUGGUGUGUUGAGAGUGCUGCUCGCCUACUUCUGCUAAUACAUGUUCAGUGCUUACUCCGAAAUGCUUCUCAGCCGGGCGUCCUCGUGUUUCUUCCUGGUGAGUUCGUUGACUUCAGUCAGCUCGAAGGGAAACCUGAGAUAUCACGCAUGGAACAGGCGCUGGACAAAGCGAAAGCUGACGCUGCUGUGGCUCUAAGCAAUGCUCGGGACGACCCACAACAAUGCUUUGGACCUGGCGUUGUUCACGAAAGUGACGGGACUGUGCAGCUGAGUGUCGAUCUACAGAUCUUGCGAAUUCAUCGCGAUGCUGAGACGGAGGACCUGAAGCAUGCCAAGCAGCACGCUCCCAGCUCGACAUGCAUGAAAAUUAUUCUCGCAACCAACAUAGCGGAGAGUAGCAUUACCUUUGUAGACGUGUCCAUUGUAGUGGACUUUGCACUUGUCAAGGAGAAGCACGUGCACGCCGUGACAAAAGCCCACCGGUUACAGCUACGGUGGGCGAGCCGCGCAGCAUUGGACCAGCGGAGGGGAAGAGCGGGACGCGUCAGGGAGGGAGCGUACUUAUGUCUGAUACCACGAGAGCUGUACAAGAAUCUUGAGCCAUUCCCCCUACCCGAGCUUCAACGGCUUCCUUUGGAAGACGUACUGAUGGAUGUUAUGGCGGCUUUUCCCGGAGAGAGCACUGACGCUUCUCUCUUUUUUCUUUCUCAAGCUCAAAACCCACCGGAUAUUGGGAAGGUGUAUGAGGCACUCUGCAACAUGGAAGCAUCGGGUGCCCUCAGGCUACGUUCUCCAUCCUCUUUAUUUACUCACAUGACUCCCCUUGGCCAAUUGGCCUGCUCUCUCGCGUUGCCCGUCAAGGUUGCUAGGAUCAUUCUUCUUUCCAAAGCAUAUGGAGUUCUGCCAGCAGGUUUAUGGGCUGCCUCUCUUCUUCUCAGUGACAGACAAACUGUCUUUGAAUGCCAGCUGUGUGCUACAGCAAGAGGAGCAAAAACAUCCAGUUUGCCUGAUGCAGAAUUGUUGCGGUGGCUGGCGGCUCGCUCAUGGAGACUUGGCUUUGCAAGCCGUCAGCGCGACCGUCUCUUUCCUCUGGCUGCUCAGAGGUGGUGCGUACAGUCUCGAUCCAAGUGCGAGCCAGCCGACUGGCCUACCAUGAAGACGAACGAAUCUGAGCAGGUCCCGUGGCUGAGAGGAUCAUCAUGCACUGGAUCUGACGACACAAGCAGCUCCAUUUGGGGUGAAUUCAUUCCUUGCGACAUAUGUGUAGACGUUGUGGCAAUGCUUCACCUGCACAAACUUCAUGGAAAUACCAUCUACCAACUUCAAAGUCACUUGACAUUGAGUGCAGAAAAACUACAGCAGCGGAACGUAGCAUCUGAAAGUGCCAGUGGAUUGCCGCAUACAGUGCAAAAGAUGAAGAGGCUGAGGCGAUUCCUCGCAAUGAGCGGAAUGUCUGUUCAGGGCGUUGCUGAUGUGGCUUCUCAGCACCAAGCCAUCUCACGGAAGCUUUCUCGUUUUGGAAGUUUGAGGUGUGCUGAGUCCUGCAGAGCGAUGCCAGCCCCUUCAAGCAUUGGUUCUCAUUCGAACGAAGCCAUUGAGGGCCUCGUGUGGCGCCUGCAGCUAGUCCUUGCCUCUGCGUGCAUGCCAUUCGGCUUCAGCAGAGUCCGUGACAGUUCAAUGCAGACCCCGUUUAACCUGGGUCAAAAGUCCGUAUCUCAUUUUUCAUUCAAUGUUUUGUGCCAUGAGGCAUUCCGACAGAGGCCGGAUUUGCGGUGUCGCGAUGCAUUGCUAACUGCUGCGAAACGGGGGUUUUCGGAAAGUCCCACGAGUCCUUCGCGUUUUCAUUCAGGGGGCUGCGGAUCUCCACCCAGAUUUGCAACAGCAGAGUCACAGAACCGUCCUUCAACAAAGGUGUUUCCGUGCAUAUAUUCCCCCUAUAGAGGGGAUGUCUGCGCUGGUGAUUCGACGUUAGACUGCAUGUGUUCUAUUUCAUUCCCGGAGGGAUAUUCUGAAGUUCCGUCGAUCCGUCAGGGCCACUUGGAAGGUGAGGCCAAUUCGCAUCCAGGCACUGAAGCAGAAUUGAACAAGCAGCGUUGGUCCCAGCAGUACUUUGCUGAAGAGAUGGGUCUCCUUCUGCGCAACAGUUGUAGCACGGCAUUUUGUGUGAGGAUGGCGGCCGUAUUACUGAAAGAAACCGACCCCUUGGCUCUCUUCUCUGAUUCUUCGUGCAUUUGGCACCGUACGAGGGAUAUGGAACGUGGUACAAGAAUGCUUCUGUACCAGUCCUUCCGGACAUGGGUAAACCGGCAGAGGCGGAACCAUGCACAACUGUCUGAAGAGUUUGACCGUGUUUGUUUACGGCUCGAAACUUUUGGAAUUCUAAAGGGCCUGCAGGUGGGGACGCGGUGUCAUGCAAAAUCUCAGAGUAUGGGGUUAUCCAGGCCCACUGCCUGCUUUGGACCAGGAAAUGCUCCUGUGCUUGAUUUACCUUCAUCUGGGAAGAGCCAACAGCCGAUAUCACCAUCUGAGUGGCUGGGAGCCAUGAGGAGUCUUGAAAUGUUUACGUGCCGACUCCUCCUUUUCGCUGCUCGAACCCGAAUGACGCGGCGGUUAGUUCAGUUGAUGCACACAGCGUUGGUGGAUAGACCACAGGUGCUGCGACAGUUGCUGCGGGAGCAACAGGGAAACUGGCCAACUGCGCGGUCUGAGAUAGAUGCGAUGGAUAGAGCUAGAGAGGAAGUUGCGGCAAUAUUUAUGCAUCCAUCAUUCAGCGGACGGCUUACCAGCUGCCUAGCGCCAUUGCAUUUCUUUUCUCUUUGUGUAAGAAACAAUGUCCCUCUCUCGGAUCUACUAUUCUGUGAAGGCUGGGAUUUUGACUUCUCAGGGAUUCUCCCUGGAGCUCCUCUGGGGCCACUGUUAAGAGUACAGGAGUUGCUUGGCCCUUUGCUUAGCAGCAGCUGCCGUGCACUACUGCCUACGGACAUGCAAGGGGUUGCAGAAGCCGUUAAGGAGUUCUAUAGCAGCAAGCAGGUGCAGGCGAGACAGCAGCAGGCUCGUGAAAACUCUAAGAGAGCAAAAGGCAAUGGGCUUCUCCGCCAUUUGGAAGAACAGAAGCACUUCCACAAGCCCACUGCUUCUGUGUGGGCGUCGCUUGUGGAAGAUGCUGUUGACAACCUAACGGCUGCUGCUGAAACUGUGCUGGCACGACUGCAAUCCAAGAAAUGUGAAGUUGGCACUGCACAACAAAUUGAAGAUGCAAACGGGCUGCUAAGCUCAGCAGCAGAGGCUACUCAAAUUUUGAGCGCCUACUACAGAUCUUGUGGUUUGGUUCAUGCACAACCAAACGCAAGAAGGGUUCAAAUUCUUGUUUUCGGUGACAGCCACCGCAGAGCUCUGUUGCAGUGGCUACACAGAGCUACAGGUGGAAUUAAUAUGAAGGCAACUGGAAAGAGGCAGGCAGAGUUGAGGGGUCCCGAGCAUGAGUGCAUCAAUCAGCCCUUGUGGGCGUCGAUGCUGCCUUUUGCGGACGAUGAUAGGUCUCCAACGCGUGACAGCAUUGAGACAAAAAUGCCUGGUCUCCAGAUGCCGAGUACAGUAUCGCACGAUUUGUCUGUAGAUGAGGAAAAAAUUGAGGAACAGCUGCUCGAAGCAACGGAGAAGAUCCAGCGUGCUGCAGGUGGAGGCAUUAUGGGUGCUAGCUGCCUGGAGGAGAUCAUGUCAUUGGCAAUGGCGACAGUAAACAGGCUCCUGGACAUCCAGCAAGCGGAAUGUUACGCAGCAGAGCAGCAGCUAGAGAGGAUAUCAAAACCGCAGGUGGAAGCUCGAGAGCGACCAGCCACACCUGAAGGCACUUCUCCCGUCAAGCGUUUUCUGCGAGGGGCUGAAGCCGACCGGAAAGCUACGUUGGAAGGUUCACCAGGCCCAAGUAAAGCUUCCCUGUCCAGUAUGAAGGAUAGGCUCCCGCAUAUGCAUUCAGUCAAGUUGGAAGCUGACCCCCUUGCUCGGCGCUGGCACCGCGACGAAUUCCUACGUCAGCGUCAAGGCAGCAGAAAGCAGUUUCACCCCCUUCAGGCGAGCUCUUCUGGAGGCAACGAGGCAGGUCAGGGCGAUGCUGACACUACAAAUGACAUGGACACUUCACACGAAGUGCCAUUCUGUAGCGUGUCGCACCGCUUCCUCAAGGCAUUUUUAUCAAUAGAUGGAGGAGGGAGGAGCCGCAAGCGUCAGCACGGCGGCCCGAGUACAGCUCGUGUUUGCCGAAUUUCGGAGCAGUCUAUUCUUCACAGCAACGGCCCCUUUUACCCUGAAAGCUACUCAAGGGAGUUCUUGCUGGUCGGGUUGAGCGAAUGGGAUACGUCUGCUGGGCUCGCCAGUGGAGGUUCGGACGUCGGUGCUGCGUCCUUGCUGCCACCGUUGCCUCAUCUAGAAGAGUUACUUCUUUUAUUGUUGGCACCCGUUGUGUGUAUAUUCUUAUCAACGGACUGUCUAUGCUAUUGCUGCAAGUGUUGCCCGUGCAGUCCCGAUAUGAAGGCGGGAGCAAAGUACCCUGAAGCGAAGGGCCGCUCUGAUUGCCCAGCAGGCACAGGUGCAGGGGGUAUUUCCCACUUUGGUAGUGGCCCAGCAAGGGGAAAUUGCUGUCAACUAUGCUUGCGUGGAGCCGUCUGUUAUGCUGUUGUGUCUUUUGGAGGAUUCAGGGAGUUUGGGUGGGUGCCUCGUUUCCUGUGGAAGGAUGCAGAUAUAGCGUUGUUGAAUAAUGCCCGAUCUGUGUUGAGUGACGUGUUCAAACAGCCGAAUAUUGGAUCUAGCGGAGCUUGGCACGAUGCUACGAAGUGGAGGGACACAAAUUGCGAAGACUCUGACGACAGUGCGAGUGACAGUAGUGUUUACCACACAUACUCUGACGAGGCGAAAGUGGCAACUGCAAGAUUCCAGUCUAAGGAAUGUGCAAAUGGUCCCUGCAUAGACAGUAUAUUGGGACAACUGCUGCUUCCUAAGGACCGGUUGCAGUACAAACAACUUGUGGGAGCAACGACAGCUACUUGGGGUCUCCGCUCACGCGGGAGGAAUCCAUACAAUGCAAGCGAAGACCCAAGCGUGAAUUCCGACAUUUACACAACACCGGCUGGUGACAGAGGUGCCCCGUGCUGGGAGAAACUGGAUCAUACAAAACAGCAACAAGGUCGGUCUGAAAGUGGAACGGAUGUGGCUUUAUCACCCAUAGUUGUUUUCGAUUUGCAUGGAACGGAAAUAGACAUACCUGGGUUGUCGAUGACUCCAUCAUCGGCGUGCUCUAAGCGGACAUUCCUGGGAAGUGCGUUGCAUCCACCAUCCGGAUAUUCUAACCGAACGUAUCUACAGGCCUUGCAAGAGGAGGCCAAUGAACAACACCAUCAGGCACAGAAGAAGAAAUUGAUUAUUCAGUGCGCCAAUAGCAGUUGCAGGGUUCCCCUGGGGAACGUGGGGGAUUUGGAGCUGGUGUCCAGAAGGCAUCCACUGCCUGACGGGCCCCCAUGGGCAAAGAUAGCCUUCAAAUACUUCCUCGAAGAGCUCGACACAUCUGCAAGAACAAAGAUAGACGCAUGCCCUACAUCUGCACAUGCUGAUGUGGGACAAUGUGCAGCUGACAGCGCAACACCUGCCCAAAGAAAUAUCGAGGUGCCUGGAAGCACAUUGGAAAAUACCCUUCUUCAGUGGAUGCAAGAUAACGAGCUGAUAAGACAUGAUGUAGCGGUCGAGGUCCACAGAGGCAGUCUGGUGCCCUUACUGGACGACGAACAUACAUCUCUUGCAAAGCUAAAGCUGGAAAGUCGGUUGCUGCUUACUCCGUCCAGUCUAGCUUUCGUCUCCACCUAUAUAAAGCCUCUGUUACGUACACGCCGGCGACUAGAACUCCUCCUUAAGGUUAAGCAAGAAGAAGCGUUUCAUACUGAAUCCAGUUCAGCCGGACUCGCUGAGCAGAACCGGAUGAGACAGCAGCACAGCCACAUGGUGGACAAAUUUGUAGAAUGGGUUCUGUGUGGUGGCCCAGUCCGACAUAUCGUUGGGUUCCGUAUAUUUGAUUUCUACGUGUUUCCACCAGACUCACUGGUAGAGAUAGCAGGGCACACGGAUGCACAGCGUGUGUACUUUUGGCGGCUGGCUUCCUCUAACGUUGUGCCAAGGAAUCCUGUUGACUUCCCGCAGAAAUUGAAUGAAGGACCUAUUCUUUCAUUUCGCGAUGCAUUGGCUUUGGGCACGAACGAGGGUACUUCAGACGAUGCAGACCGGGGUGACAGUGGACUACUUCAGUCAACGACUGCAUUCUUCGCAGCUGCAAGGUACAUUCACAAUUACGAAAAGGGGGUUCUGCGGGAAGACUUGGAGACGUCAGUUACUUUUGUCGAGCAUUUGGCGGAGAUAAUUGCACGAAGCUGUAAAUGGACUGCUGAAAAGUUUCACCUCAAGGAUUCGGAGAUGUACCAGAAGUUCUUCGUUGAUUCGUGGGACAUAUUCCGACCAGCCUCAGCAGGAACUGGUGCAGCUUCGGGCAAGCAAAGACAGGAAACCUAUAAGGGCUAUAGGCACCAGAAUUUGAACGAAGGGCAACAACCUGUUGUUUGGCAAAACAACGACGACCUGAGCAGAACGGUGCGAACUGUGCUGACUGCUGCAUCAUCAAACCUGCAGGGGGCCUUGCUACCUGCGGACCUUUUCGACUGGCAGACACGUCUGCUGCAGAAGCAGCGGAGUGCAGUACUGAGACAGAUGGAAAAUGCUCUUCUGUCACUGCCUAAGGAGUGGUUGAAUGGCUGUGACUGGACAAUGAGCCGAGUUGCAUUGGAACAGUCUAUGAUCUGGCGGUGGUCACCAGACAGGGAGGAGAUUGAGCAGCAGCAACAAGCAAAUAGGAUUGCCCACGAAAAGCGGAAAGCUGCGGAGGAGGACAGGAAGGUAAAGGAAGUUCAGGCACUAAGAAAAAUGCUGGAAAUGGAAGCCCUGGAGUCGUCGUCAAAACGUACCCGCCCUCUUCGGUAG